CAGCAACUGCAAUGGUUGUUCGAAGGGCACAACAUUUGGAGAUGAUGGCAAUUUAUAUUACGCUUGUGCUCUCUAUGGUAGCGUUGGUUUCAGCUGAAUACGAGCAAUAUUCAUCUCCUCCACCUCUAUAUUAUUACAAAUCUCCCCCUCCACCAUCUCCUUCACCCCCUCCUCCAUAUUACUACAAAUCUCCACCUCCAUCAUCUCCAUCCCCUCCACCUCCUUAUUUCUACAAGUCCCCUCCACCUCCCUCUCCCUCACCUCCUCCUUCAUAUUAUUACAAGUCCCCUCCACCUCCAUCUCCAUCCCCUCCACCACAAUAUUACUAUAAGUCUCCACCUCCACCAUCUCCUUCACCUCCACCUCCAUACUACUAUAAAUCUCCACCACCACCAUCCCCAUCUCCUCCUCCUCCAUCCCCCUCUUCUCCUCCUCCGUACUAUUACAAGUCCCCACCUCCACCAUCUGCUUCACCUCCUCCACUUUAUUACUAUAAAUCCCCACCACCACCAUCUCCAUCUCCUCCUCCUCCAUACUACUACAAGUAUCCACCACCACCAUCCCCAUCUCCACCACCCCCAUAUUACUAUAAGUCCCCACCACCACCUUCCCCAUCUCCUCCUCCACCAUACUACUAUAAAUCUCCACCACCACCAUCUUCAUCUCCUCCUCCUCCAUACUAUUACAGGUCUCCUCCACCACCAUCACCCUCUCCACCACCCCCAUACUAUUAUAAGUCCCCUCCACCACCUUCCCCGUCUCCUCCCCCUCCAUACUAUUAUAAAUCCCCACCACCACCAUCUCCAUCUCCUCCUCCUCCAUACUACUACAAGUCUCCUCCACCACCAUCCCCCUCUCCACCACCUCCAUACUACUACAAAUCGCCACCCCCACCAUCUCCCUCACCUCCUUCUCCAUAUUACUACAAAUCCCCUCCACCACCAUCCCCUUCACCUCCACCACCAUAUUAUUAUAAAUCUCCCCCACCUCCAUCUCCGUCACCUCCUCCCCCAUACUACUACAAGUCCCCACCCCCACCAUCUCCUUCUCCACCUCCUUCAUACUACUACAAGUCCCCUCCACCACCAUCCCCUUCACCUCCACCACCAUACUACUAUAAAUCACCACCACCUCCAUCUCCGUCUCCUCCACCCCCAUAUUAUUAUAAAUCCCCUCCUCCACCAUCUCCAUCUCCUCCUCCACCAUAUUAUUACAAAUCUCCACCACCACCAUCUCCAUCUCCACCUCCUCCCUACUACUACAAAUCUCCUCCACCACCAUCCCCAUCACCACCACUGCCAUACUACUAUAAAUCUCCUCCACCUCCACCGCAAUCUCCUCCACCUCCACCGCCCACAUAUUGAUUGAUUGAGUCCAUCCAGCAUUGAAUGGUAAGAGGACUGAUGGGGCAUGUAGCUUUUAAUCCAGUCGGUCAUUGCCUUCUCAUUAGUGAUAUGACUAUCAUCAAAUAAAGAUUUUAAAAGCUAUUGUAAUUUUCUUUUAAAUAAGCCGGACCAUGGAAUCUGGGAUUUGCCACAGUGCUUGGUGUAUUAAUAAGGGAAAAGCCAUUGCUGAUACUUCGCCCACCUCUGAGGAAACCCCAUCCGAGUAUGUUCUCUACUUGACGAAACUGCGUUUGGUCGGCCAAUUUAUUUAUUGUACC